AGCAAAGUAAAAGUCAAAAUUAUCGUUUCACUCAAUAUCAUAAAAUAGCUUUCAAUAUUAAUAAUAAAUAUAUAUAUAUAUGAUUUAGUGUUUGAUUAAAAUACCACGACUAUAAUAAGAAGGCAGCUAGACAUUCAUGAAUAAUGUAGGAGAAUGAAAAGUAAUUAUUAUUAUUUUGAUGCUUUUCACGGCAAGAUGAAGCUACCAAUAACCAUCAGGAUGGAAACGAGUGAAAAUGGUUCGAUGCCUAAAUCAUGGACACAUCAUGUAAAGAUAGAUAAUUCUUCAACAUUCAAAAGUGGCUUCAAAUCGAAACCCCCAAAGGAUGAUUAUUCGAGCACCGGAGGAUUAUGUUAUGGUUCGAGACCUUCUUCUCUUCUCAUGCAAAACCCGCAAACAAUGAAGAUAACCAGAAUAUUUCGAGGAGUAUACCUACUUUUUAUAGCAAUUAGGGCAAGUACAACAUUGGGAUUUUAUGAAGGAGAGAAAAUUAUAUCCCAACAUUUAAAGUUGGAGGAGCUUUCUGAACGAUUACGUUGUUUUUGCUCUCGCUGGCCUCCUAAUUUUGAGUUUGACAAGGAUAAAUGUAUCCAAUUAUGGGUUGCACAAGGAUUUUUUGAUUUUGAGUUUGGGCGGAGAAUAGAGGUUGUGGCGAAUGAGUAUUUCAAGGACAUGGUUAAUAAGGAUUUCAUAGUGCAAUCUGGAUUUGACAUUGCGAAAGAAAGGAUGAUGUACAAAGCUGUGUCCUCGGAUUCAUUAUUGAGGUCGUCGUCAUGGGUGCAGGAAGAUGAAUUGACUAGCAUCACGAAUGAGGUUCAACAUUUGUUCUUAAUCACUCAAAAAAAAGGAGGAGACUGCUUUAAAACUCUGGUAAAACUGCGCCAGCUGCGCACUCUGAUAUUGUCCAAUCAUAAUGGUAAUUCCAUCAAGUAUAUACCUUAUGGCUUCAAGCUGCCACACUUGAGAAUUUUGGAUUUGCGUGGAACUAGGAUAUUCUCAUUACCUGAAUCUAUCGGUGAUAUUCUAUCUCUGCGUUAUCUUGAUGUCUCAGGGACACGUAUACUGUGCCUUCCUGAAACUAUAGGUAAUCUUCGGUAUUUACAAAUACUAAAGCUGCAGCGUUGUUGUAAUUUCUAUGAAUUGCCCAAAUGCACCAACAAGUUGAUUAAUUUGCGCCAUUUGGAUCUUGACAUUGUUUGCCAACUAACUUCAAUGCCAGUUGGAAUGGGCAAUCUUACCAGCCUUCAGACACUAAAAGGGUUCAUUGUUGGCAAGGAUGAAGGGUAUCGUGUGGGAGAGUUGAAGCAUCUCAAUGAUCUUAAUGGGUCACUUUGGAUUUCAAGACUUGAUUUGAUAUCAAGUGUCGAGGAGGCUAGAGAAGUUGAGAUGUACAAGAAACGUCUUACUAAGUUGGAUUUGACAUGGGAACAAAAUACAGUUAAUAAUUUCGACUUAGUUGAGGAUAUAUUGGAAUGUCUUGAGCCCCAUUUGAGCCUCAAAGAGUUGACAGUAUCUUACUACUGUGGCUCUAGAUUUCCUACAUGGAUGUCAUGUUUGCCCAACAUUUUGAGCAUCACUCUCCGCGUAUCUACAAAUUGUAGCUAUUUGCCAUCUCUUGGAGGUCUACAAUCACUCAAGAGUCUUAAAAUUUAUGAGAUGCAUGAGGUAAGGUGGAUCGAUCAUCAUUUUUGCAGAUAUUGGGGGAGCCAAACAGGAGGAGGAGCUGCAUUUCCAAAGCUUGAAAAACUAACAAUGGUUGGAAUGCCAAAACUUGAAAGUUGGACAGGCGUGGAGGAUGGGGAUUUUCCAUGUCUCCUUGAGUUAACCGCGAGCACUUGUCCUAAACUUGUUGAAAUUCCUAUGAUUUCGAGUUUUACCACUCUCAACACCUUGUCAAUUUUGAUGUGUCGUGAGCUUCAAUCACUUUCUAAGGGAAAACUUCCAUCAAAGCUACAACAUUUUGAGAUAUCAAAUUGCCCUCUAGUAACGAAACGCUGCCUCAAACCUCAAGGUGAAGAUUGGUUUAAGAUUAAACACAUACCUUCAAUCUAUAUUGACGGUUAUGAUGUGACUCCAAAACCUAAAUAUGGAUCAAGAUUGCUUAGUUAAUGUCUAUUGCUUUGUCAUUAUGAACUUCUCUUGAUUGUUUUAUAGUAUUGCAAAAACUUUGUGCAAA